GGUAAAUGAUGUCGUCACACAUUAAUUAAAUUUAUGUAACCGUUUAGUUUUGGAAUAUGGCUUGUUCUGGCUCCGAUUCUGUUCAUAUUUCAAAUAAUGUGCCUCGAAUAAAAACAGGAUAUUUGAAAAGAUAUAACAAGGGAUUUUUUUCAUCAGGAUGGAAACAAGAAUAUUUGGUUCUAUAUCAGGACAGUACAUUAGCUUGGUACGAGGAUCAGGGUAGCUAUGAGCCCAAAGGUGGAGUCAAAUUAAAGAAUGUGUGUAAAUUUUUAGCUGUAGGAGCCUACAGUCAGAAUGUACCUAACAGACCAGAUCUCCCACCUGGAGGAAGAAUAACUAAUUUAAUAGCCUUUCCUCUCAAACCAGAUAAAAAAGCUCAGGUUAUUUGGAUAUUAUGUGCUGAUCAAAAUGAACUGAACUCAUGGAUGAAAGACAUCACUAGUACACUACCACCACCUCCAAGACCUCCCCAAGGUCAAGGUCCCCCACAAAUUCAAGGUGGGCCACCACCACCAGGUUUUCAGCCCCAGGUCACAGGUCAACCUGCUUACCCUCCACAGCAAGGCCAAGGUCCAUAUCCUCCACCACCGGGUCAAGGACACUAUCCUCCCCAACAAGGUUAUCAACAGCAACAAGGCUAUCAUCAGCAACAAGGCUAUCAUCAGCAACAAGGUUACCAGCAACAGAGAGGAGGUCAACCUCAAGGUACAACUGUUGUUGUUCAAGGGGAUAGAAGGAGAAGAAGAUCAUCUGGAGAUGGUUUUGCUACAGGUCUCCUAGUAGGUGGUGCCUUAGGUUAUGGGAUGUCUCGACCCAUGGGUUAUGGAGGAUGGGGUUAUGGUGGCUAUGGUGGCUAUGGUUACGGGGGUUGGGGUGGAGGUUAUCAUGAUCAUGGUGACAAUAUCAACAUAAACAAUUACAAUACUACAGAAAUAAAUAAUGUUGAAAAUAAUGAAUAUAAUGAAACUAAUACUGAAAAUAACUAUGGUGACGGCGGGGAGUAUGGGAAUGGAGAUGGGUAUGGUGGAGGAGAUGGUUGGGGUCAGGGGGAUAAUGGAGGAGGUUAUAAUGAUGGAGGUUAUGAUGAUGGAGGGUAUGAUGAUGGAGGUUAUGAUGACGGGGGUUAUGAUGAUGGAGGAGGUUAUGAUGAUGGAGGAGGUUUUGAUGAUGGGGGAUUUGAUGGUGGUGACUGUGGAGAUUAACCAAUUAAAAAUCAAAAUUUGUUAUUUGUUAAAUUAUUUCUGAUUUAUUUUCUUAAUGUCUUUUUUAUCUUUUGGACAAAUAGUCUCUUCAAAUAGCAAUAUGUACGAGACACAGUUCAGACACAGUUCAUCCGUCCAGAAUUAGUGUUUUAGACCUGUCUUAAACUAAGCCAUGAACUUUUUUGUUUAAUGGUGUGGAAAUGAUGUUGGUCAUAUUAUAAUGAAAUAUUUGGAAAUAUUUUAAAAAUUAAUCAACAAUUUUUUGAAAAUUUGUUUUUAAAUUUUGAAGUUUAUUAUCAAAACUUUAUUUUUCAAAGUUUAUUGUCAAAUAUUUUGAAAGUUUAUUGUCAAAUAUUUCGAAAGUUUCGGAUAUUUGAAAUAUCUGAUAAUCAAUUUUCGAAACUUUAUUAAUAUUCAUUUGAAAUUUUAUUAUGAAAUAUGUGAAAAUUGAUUUUCAGAUAUUGGAAAAAAUUUAUUAUCAUUUAUUUGAAAAUUUACAUAACAUUUAGAAUGAAAUAUUUGAAUAUUUAGAAUGAAAAAUUUGAAUAUUUAGAAUGAUAAAUCGGAAGAAAAGAUUUGUAAAUUCAGAACGUCAAAUUAAUAUAUUAUAAUCAAUAUUGCUGCUUUGGUCUUAGUGCCUUUAACUUUUUGACCUUUAAGUCUUUUGACUUUUUUUUAAGAAUUUGUUUUUUGUUCGUGGAUAUUUUGAUCACUCAUUUUCAGAAAAUAGGUUAGAUAAGUAUAAUAAGAUGUGUCACAAACACUUAUAUCGUUGUGUAAUGUCUAAGAUAUGUAUUUUUAUUGUUAUAAUAUAAGUUUUAUUUUUCAUUAAAAGUGAUAUAUAACCUCAAAGAGGUCGCUCGAUUGAGCUUUCAUACC